AUGUUCCUCACACUACUCACCCUCGAAACCUACUUCACAGUCCACAACCGCCCCUUCACGAAACAAACCAACCCCUCAUCCUCCUCCUCCUCCUCCCCCCUCCCCGCGCGGCACCCAGGCAAUGAAACUUUUUUCAUAGCAAGCAUCCACCGCAACAGCGGAUCCCUACUAUCAUCCUCCUGUACCUACAUUGGCGGGUCCGAAGGCCGCGUCCACUUCUCCGCCGUCGAAUCCGGCUCCCGCGACGGCACAAAGUACCAGCUGUCCACUCUGCAGCGGAAACUCGAGGCCCGCGGCGUCGGCACUAUUGUCGUCCUGGGCAAGUCGGCGCAGGAGCAGCAGGACGAACUCAACGCCAGGCCAACGGCUACGGGGUCCCGUCCACCGGGGUGGGUAUGGAACGAAGGCGAUGCCCAAUUCGACAUGCGUCGCGUAUCCCACCUCGCACGCGACGCACGCGAGCGCAACCUCGCCAUGGACCCGCUCGAAACCCUUCAAAAGAAGCAAGACGAAGGCUAA